ACAACAUGAGCUGGUCACCUUAACGUUACAUCAUGUGCAUUUAAAAAAAAUUAAUAAUAUUAAAUAAAUUUCGUGAAAUUGCCUCUCUGCAACUGGAUUCUAGUCGGCAAUGUACGGUUAUUGGAAGUUCGAGCCACGCUUCUCACGAUUUGCCAUUUGAAAACGCAUCAGCUGUGGGGCAGCAACUAAAAGAAUCGAACAACCGGAGAGGAAAAUAAAUACAAAUAUAAAAUAAAACAAAUACAAAUAUGAGCGAGAGUGACAAUAAUCAGUUUUAUGACGUUGAUUUUUGAGCAAAUACCCCAAAAGCAAAAUAACACACAAUAAACAGAGAUAGUUAAGUUUUGAGUUUCGGGUUGGCGGCGAAGUUGCAGAAGUUGGAAGUCUGAACAACCGAAUCCCUAGGCUGCAUACCUUUUGUUUUGUAUCGCAAUUCUCUUCUUCCACCAAAAACCAUCUGCUAAACCGAAUCACCCAUAAACCGGAUCCCGAAAUGGCGGCCUACUUGAACCGCACCAUCUCGCUGGUGACCGGGCAAACGGGCCCCGCCGACGACGACCGUCACGCCUCCUCCACGGACACGGUCGACAAAUCCGGACCCGGUUCCCCGCUAUCCCGGCUCAACUCAUCGCUGCAACCAUCCGGCUCCACACUGGCCGCUAAUCUGCUACCGGAAUCGCGGCUCUAUCAAUCCAACGACAAAUCACCGCUCCAGAUCUUUGUGCGCGCCAAGAAGAAGAUCAACGAUAUCUACGGCGAGAUCGAGGAGUAUGUCCAUGAGACGACCACCUUCAUCAACGCCCUGCACGCGGAGGCGGAGAUCGUGGACAAGGCGGAACGGGAGCUGUUCGAGAGCUAUGUGUACAAGGUGGCGGCCAUUCGCGAGGUACUGCAGCGGGAUCACAUGAAGGUGGCCUUCUUCGGACGCACCUCCAACGGCAAGAGCUCGGUGAUCAAUGCCAUGUUGCGCGAGAAGAUCCUGCCCAGCGGCAUUGGGCACACCACGAAUUGCUUCUGCCAAGUGGAGGGCAGCAAUGGCGGCGAGGCGUAUCUCAUGACAGAGGGCUCCGAGGAGAAGCUCAAUGUGGUGAACAUCAAACAACUGGCGAAUGCCUUGUGCCAGGAGAAGCUCUGCGAGAGCAGUCUGGUGCGCAUCUUUUGGCCGAGGGAACGCUGCAGCCUGCUGCGCGACGAUGUUGUCUUUGUGGACUCACCUGGCGUGGAUGUGUCGGCCAAUUUGGACGACUGGAUCGAUAACCAUUGCCUGAACGCCGAUGUCUUUGUGCUGGUCCUGAAUGCCGAGUCAACGAUGACGCGUGCGGAGAAGCAGUUCUUUCACACCGUCUCCCAGAAGCUGAGCAAGCCGAACAUCUUCAUCCUGAACAAUCGCUGGGAUGCGUCGGCCAACGAGCCGGAGUGCCAGGAAUCGGAACUGGCUAAGGUCAAGUCUCAGCACACGGAACGCUGCAUCGACUUCCUCACCAAGGAGCUGAAGGUGAGCAACGAGAAGGAGGCGGCCGAAAGAGUAUUCUUCGUUUCCGCCAGGGAAACGCUGCAGGCGCGCAUCGAGGAGGCCAAGGGCAAUCCGCCGCACAUGGGCGCCAUUGCCGAGGGCUUUCAGAUACGCUACUUCGAGUUCCAGGACUUCGAGCGCAAGUUCGAGGAGUGCAUCUCGCAGAGUGCGGUGAAAACCAAGUUCCAGCAGCACAGUUCCCGCGGCAAGAGUGUUUCGGGGGACAUGAAAUCAAUGUUGGACAACAUUUACGAGCGGAUCACCAUAUUCCGCAAUCUGAAGCAGGACCAGAAGAACCUGCUCACCGAACGCAUCCAGGGCACAGAGACGCAGAUGAUGCAGGUCACGCGCGAAAUGAAGAUGAAGAUCCACAACAUGGUGGAGGAGGUGGAAGAGAAGGUGUCGAAGGCGCUGAACGAGGAGAUCUGGCGCCUGGGCGUGCUCAUCGACGAGUUCAACAUGCCCUUCCAUCCGGAGCGUCUGGUCCUGAACAUCUACAAGAAGGAAUUGAAUGCCCACGUGGAGAGCGGCCUGGGCAGCAACCUGCGCGCCCGCCUUUCCAUGGCCCUGGCCAUGAACGUUGAGUCCGCCCAGACGGAGAUGACCGAUCGCAUGCACGCCCUGGUGCCCAACGAGCAGCUCCUGGCCACCAGCACCAAGAUGGUGGUGCGCACGCAGCCCUUCGAGAUGCUCUACUCACUGAAUUGCCAGAACCUCUGCGCCGACUUCCAGGAGGAUCUGGAGUUCAAGUUCAGCUGGGGCAUUACGGCGAUGAUCCAGCGCUUCACCGGCAAGGUGCGCGAGCGCAGCAAGAAGGGCCAGCUGGCACUGGUCAAUCGACAGAGCAGUAUUGGACACAGCGUAUCGACGCCGACCACCACGCCCGUGGAAGCCACUCCUGUGUGCCUGCUGCCCGCUCCCGUUGUGGCUGGCAUUACGCCCGAGCAGCUGUCGCUGAUCUCUCGCUUUGCGGUGUCCUCCAUUGGAUCGCAGGGCACCGUUGGUGGCCUCGUCGUCGCCGGCAUCAUGCUGAAAACCAUCGGCUGGCGCGUCCUGGUGGGCGUGGGCGCCCUCUACGGCUGCAUCUACCUGUACGAGCGCCUCUCGUGGACAAAUUCCGCCAAGGAGCGCACAUUCAAGUCGCAGUACGUGCGCCAUGCCACCAAGAAGCUCAAGAUGAUCGUCGACCUCACCUCUGCCAACUGCAGCCACCAAGUGCAGCAGGAAUUGUCGAGCACCUUUGCCCGUUUGUGCCGCACCGUUGACACCGCCACCACGGACAUGAACGAUGAGCUCAAGACGCUGGACUCGCAGCUGAACAUCCUGGAGGCGAACCAGAAGCAAUUGAAGCUGCUCCGCAACAAGGCCAACUACAUACAGAACGAGCUGGACAUCUUCGAGCACAACUAUAUAUCGCCGCAGUAGUGGAACAGAAGUGGGUUGGCUGGCCGAGGGGCAGAACACUAACCAGGAUGUGGAUGAUCAUAGAAAUCAGGCGAAGACAAACACCCAAACACGACUACAACAACAUAAUUGCACUACGUAUAUUUGCUGCUCAACUCUCAGUUUUUUUCUCCUAUUUUCUUUAAAGUGUUUUUUUUUUUGUAAAAAAAUGCAUGAUGUGAGCCAAUCGAUUGGUGCCUCUUUAUUCACUAUCGUUUAAACAAAUCGUUGUUGUUUUUGAGAAUUUUUUUAAUUCCUAACAUGCACUACUCUGCUAGUGUGAUUAUUUAGUUUUUUUUUUUGUAAUUGUUGACAAAUAGAGAAGUAUCCAAAACACUGUGAGCAUGGCCGGGUGCCAUGGAAAAGCUAGUUGCGAUGAAUUAUGCCACAUGGUGAUGACCCCAAAGCGCGAAAGUAACUCACUUAUUUACCCCUUUUCGCCCCUUAUAGAAAGUCUAGUAAUUAUACAUAUUUGUUUUUGAAUUGGACGCUAGAAUAAUGUUGGCGCAAAGCAAACCAAUAUAUACAAACACAAUUGUUGAGAUGUUGCAAAGCAUGAGAAUGAGAAUGAUUCAUGAACGAAAACGAAACGAAAUAAAAGAUAUUUAUGUAAGAAACUA